GCGACUGAUAGCGAGCGCGAUGCGUGGCGCGGAGCUCGAGUUUUAGUUUAAAGUUCGUGUUUAAGGAAAAUUCGACUAACCUAAAUAAACUUAAGGUGAGUUUAUCACUUGUCCACAUUAAAAAUAGUUUUUUUUUGUUAAUGACGUAUACGGUUGACUCCAAUGUUAUAACAGUUGUGGUUCUAAAAAUGUGUUUUAAAUAAGUUUUUACUUAGUGUAAAUAUGAAUUGUCACACGCGUCGUGAUUCAGCCUUGGAGAGCCCGCCCGUUUAUUGCCUCCCUAGAUCAGACAUGGAUAAUGUGAGCAGCAUGAUCCAGCGAAACGAGGAGCAGCGGGAGGCGGACAGCGACGAAGCGCUGCAGCUCGUCAAGCACGAGGAGCGGUCCGACAUGAUGGGCGAGGCCGAGCCCGGCAACGGCGGCGAGGGGCCCAGCGGCAUAGGGCCCGGCGGCGAAGGGCGCGGCGGCGAGGGGCUCGGCGUCGAGGGGCCCGGCGGCGCGGCGGCGGCGGAGGUCGGCGCGGAGCAGAUGUCCGUUAUCACGUCGCGCCGCGCGCUGCGCACCAUCACGGCGGCCGGCCUCAUCACCGACGCGGAGUGCGACGACGCCGUGAAGGACGAGCCGACCGAGUUGCUGCACUACGCGGCGCGCCUGCCGGAUGACGGCCGCUCGCACUACGACGACGAGCGCCUGCGCCAGGCCGAGGCCGACACGGCGCGCUACCUGGCCUUCCGGCCGGAGCCCUACCGCGCGCCCGCGCAAGACAAGCGCGCCGCGCCGCCCUACGCGCGCGCCGCCCCGCGCGGCCUCGCGCUGCGGUACCGCGCGCCGCCCGCCGCGCCCGACGCCGCGCCGCCCGAGCUGGCGCACGACGCCUUCCUGCAGAAGGACAAAGACCAGCUGCAGCACUACGACGCGCCCGCGCCGGACACCCGCCAGUACGUGCUGGGCGAGCACGCGGUGGCCUCCUCGGCGCUGGAGAUGAUCCAGACCACCGCCCUGAACAACCAGCAGGCGGUCGGCGUAGCCUACCAACAGGUGAAGUACGAGUCGCGCGGCGAGGCGGAGGCGCGGCCCGGCACGUACGCCAGCCUGCAGCCCGUGACGUCCAUGCACGGCGGCUACGCGGCGGGCCAGAGCCCACAGUACGCCAGCGCGGGCUACUACGGCAAGGAGCAGCUGCUGACGCUGUACGGCGCGGGCGCGCGCGAGGACUCGCCGCCCGGCCAGCUGCUGUACCGCGACCCCACGCUGGCGUCGUCGCCGCUGGGCACGCGCGCCGCCCACGUGGUGUACGGCGCGGCCUACGACGCGCCGCCUAGCCCGGGCGCGCAGCAGGUCACGCUGUACUCGCACGGCAACGCGGUGCAGUACAAGGUGGGCGGCGAGCACUACCUGGCGGGCGCGGGCGGCGUGGAGUACGUGCCCGUGUCGGGCUACGAGGGCGGCCUGCUGGUGGAGAGCUACCCCGCGCAGGCGUGGCCGGCGCAACACCUGCUGCCCGUCGACGACUCCUUCGACCCCAACAUGGCGGGCAUGGGCGACGUGAAGGAGUGCGUGAACUGCGCCGCGGCCGCUACGCCGCUGUGGCGCCGCGACGGCACGGGCCACUACCUGUGCAACGCGUGCGGCCUGUACACGCGCAUCAACGGUGUCAACCGGCCGCCGCUCAAGGGGCAGAAGGCCAAACCGCAGCAAGCGCUGCCCAGCAACGGCAACCGGCGCGUGGGCGUGACGUGCGCCAACUGCCGCACGUCCAACACCACGCUGUGGCGGCGCAACAACAAUGGAGAGCCCGUGUGCAACGCGUGCGGCCUCUACUACAAGCUGCACAACGUGAACCGGCCGCUCAGCAUGAAGAAGGACGGCAUCCAGACGCGCAAGCGCAAGCCCAAGAGCAUGGGCGGCGGCGCGGGCGCGCGGCCCGGCGGCGCGCUGUCCGUGGAGGCGCACCCGCACAAGGGGCUGCCUCCGCUGUACUCGGCGGUGGAGGGCGCGGCGCCGCUGCUGCUGGCGCCGGCCGCGCGCGCGCCGCCCGCCGCGCCGCACUGUGAGUAGGCCCGCACGGAGCCCGCACGGCGCCCGCACUGCACUUGUCUGUCCCAGCUUGCUCUUGUGCUCCACUAUCGCUUCUAAGCGCCUUGUCAUGCUUUUCUGCAUGCCUCCUAUGAAACUAAAUUAUUAUUUUCCGUGCUAACACAUACUAUCCUAUUACACUAUUAUCUUUUACUUAUUUUCCACUUUGCACCCUUAUCCGGUACAGUAGGUAUUUAGAUAAUAGAGUUUUUAACUUCGUUUCUUACCUAAAAAUAUCUUGAAUGUUGGUUGAUAAAAACAUUCGACACUCUAGUUAGCACCUACAGAGUAGCUAUCAUGAAUGACACUACGCCGUGCGCCGGCCCCGCAGCUUCGCCUGCAGUGCUGGCCGCGCCGCCCCCGCGUCUGCAGGAUACUGCUUUCCGGUCCCCGAGAUAACACGUGUACCGUGAAAUGUUAAUCCAUGGUCUUAUAGCGCCAAAUUGUGUAUAAAUUCGUUCAGCUAUAUCCUUAUCAUUGAGUUAUUCAAUUAUUGGUAUAAUUAUUCCGAAAAUAUAAUUUCUGAAAUUCUAAAUAGAUAAUAAUAGCUUACAGGAACUAAGUUUUAUUCCAUUGGUUCCUUUAUCCAUGCAGUGAAGAUAGUCUUGGGAAAACUUCCAGUAAACGAAAAACAUUUCCACUUGAAUUUACACUAGGAGAGUUGAAGACGAAUCUAGUACUAGAGUGUUCUCGAGAAAAUAUUUUUACGAUUUCCUUGACUUAAUAAAAAUAGGUAAAAGGUAGAGUUGUAGUUAUAGCCAUAUCUGUGUAUGAAAAAGUGUGGUCUCCCGGUAGAGUAGUACCUAAAUUAAACAAGGACCGUUUCAUUUGUUGUUCUUAAUAUCUUUAUUUUAAAAACAUUACACUUUUCAACUCAGCCCGCUUCGCUGUGUUAACAGCGGCUAAAUUAUUAGCAUUCUCGUUGCUACACAGCGCAGUGGGGUAAAGUGCACUGGCUUGGUGCCCAUUGGUAUUGUUAUUUGCAUACCUUGGACACUUUUUCGAGUUGUCUCUCAUAUAAUAAAUAUCUCUCGGUUCUGCUUAUCUCUAGCAUCCCGAGCCCAUACCCUUAAAAUGUAAAGAAACAUAAUACAUUAUUGUAUCAGUAUGUUAAUUGUGCUCGUGUUUCAGGUUACCAGCGCUAGCGCCGCUGAGCCGUGCCGCGCGUCCGGCGCUGGAGCCGCUAUC